CCGAACGAAUAUCUAUUGGACAAGUAGAUGUGAUAAUUGGUAGUACUAGUACUCUGUACCAUCAACUUUUGCCAUCACUUCUCAAUCAUAGAAAUAGAAAAAGAUCCGUUUCGGGCGUCCAGGAUUUCUCUGUGUGCUCAAUUUGAGAUGGGAUCCUUCAAUUUGCCGUAAUAAUGUAUGUACCCAGGUAGGCACCCCGUAUUUGAUCCUUUGACGUACGUUUGUUGAUAAGCUGGGCAAAAAGUUUAGGGGUUUGCAGCUAACACAGAAUACCUAGAUAGGUCCUAAGGAGUGAAUGCACCCUCAUGAAUCAAUGUCAAUUUCGAUCAAGACAUGUUCAGCUUCCAAUUUCAAAAGAUAUAAACUCCUCGGCCCCGCCAAUAGUCAAAAAUAAUAUUUCGUUAAUACUUCGUUUACCCCAAUUCUUAUGUGUGCUAUUAUUGGCAGCUGGAGCGCUCCCCUCUACUAGUAUUUUGAUGCGAGGUCGAUCAUCGCGAGGUCCCUAGGCGGUUGACAUUCAUUCUUCGUCGACAAUUUGUUGCUUACAUUUAUUAAUCCACCUCAAUAUUUAUGAAAGCGCUUGUAUUUGAUAUUCACUCAGAAAGAAGAAGAUAGCUUUGGAGGCUGAGCUACACCAUGUUUCAGGCCAACUUUUCCAUCCUAUCAAUCUUGCAUUAAGCUCAAUUAUCAUCAUAUCUUGGGAGAUCGGGUUUGCGGAUCCGCGAGCCAAAUUUAUCCUUCUGUAUAACUUUUUCUACAUGAAUUCAAUUCCGCACAAAUGAACCAAGAGUAGUAGAUUUCAUCUCGAAAAUGUCCUCUAGAAGCGCCUCAAUAUACUCAAUCUGUUCUGUGGGAUCGGAGAAGCAAUUGGCAGAGACAUCCGAAAUGGAGAAACCCGCAUUUGAAAGGCUACCCGAAGAUAUUAUCCUACAGUGAGCGCAACAAAUAGGAAUUUUAUGUAAAACUUCUAAUCAUAUACUCCAGGAUUUUGCUCCUUACCAAUGCCAAUACCUUUGCUUCUCUCGUCUUACUGAAUUCGAGAUGGAGGGGCAUCUCACAGCAAGCCUACCUUUAUUCGCACCAACUCACCCAAUGCCCUUCCUAUUCGGCCGCGCAUAAUACAAUUCCAGCUUUGGAGGAUGAGGAUAGCCUUCCGCAUCUGCGGGCUCUUUUUGCGCAAGAGGUUAAGCGCAAUCUAUUUGAGGUAUAUUUGCGACCUCAAGAAACCGUCAUAAACUUGGUUUCGACCUCGAUAGGUUCGUCCAGCGCGCCUGGAGGGGAAGCAUGCCAUUUCUCAAUUUCUCCUCGCGGCGUUUUGGUCCUUGCCUAUAAUUCUUCUCGAAUUCAUAUCAUAGAUGUCACGGCUCCGGAGGUUCACAUCAUACGAGAACUCAAAAUCUUGCGACGACCAGCUGCUACCACAAUUACAGAUGACGGUUCUAUGCUUGCUGUAUUGUCGAACGACCUUCAGGUGAACCUCUAUGACUUGACUGCACGGCCGCCAAAGCACAUCCGCUCCGUAGCACUGGACCAUACACCAAGGACCAUCGCCCUUUCACCGACUGGACAGGUUCUUGCGGCAGCUUAUGAGUAAGUGCAUUCCAUUUGGGACUCGCUCUACACCGUUUCUUUCUACGGUCCAUAUCAAAAACUUCUGAUCAGCUUUCUUAUGAUAUAUUCUUCAUCCUCAAUGAAGUGUUGCUAACCCACUGUCCUUAGUUCUGGGGUAGAACUGACCUCUCUGCGUGAAAUCGGUACAAGUCGCGCUGUAAAGGCCUAUGGCGUCGAUUCUUUGACAUUUUCUCAUGAUUCUGAUUUGCUCUUGGGAACCACACUACAAUCUAGGAAUCCCAGUACUGUCGUCUUGACCGCGCCAUAUUAUGACCCCGGGAGCCUUUCUCCGGAAGACAGCAUUAGCGCCCUUUGGACAACGUCAAUUCUCUUCCCCAAUGGUAGUCGAGACUGCAGUCAUGCGGUCCUACUACCCAGUCCUCAUGAUGAUGAAGCAAGUUGGACUUUCACUUAUGAUCGGGUUUUUGAAACAUUUCGCGCUGUUAGGAUGGACGAUCUACGCAAUGGCAAAGUUCAUUUUGUGGGGCCCAACGGGGAACCACCCGCAUCAAAAGCCGCAGCAAACAAGUCUGGAGAUCUGGCAGCAGUAGGUUAUAGUCGAGGCAGCAUCUGGCUUUGGGGGAUUCCGGAGAAUUUGGAUCCUAGUCCUGCCAUUGUGAGUUCGAAUAGUAAUGGGGAAACCGCACCAGGGACACCUCUAAGUCAAAUUGGACGUCGAAACAGCGCGCCAUCGCUACGUUCUGUAAACAGAUCGCUGGAUCAUAGCAAUAUCCGUAUCCCACAAUGGCAACUCCUCUGUGAUAAAUCUCGCAAUACAUUUGUUGACGGUUAUCAUAUAACCACUUUAGAUGGAGUAAGUGCCUUAAGCUGGGUCCAAGAAGAAUCAAAACAACUACAAGGUGAAAGACUUGUAGCUGUUGCACCAGGAGUAAAACGGCAAUGCAUCGCAGAUGAGGAUGAUAGCAUGAGCCCGGUAGAUGGCGGCCGCAUUUGUAUACUGGAUUUCAUAUGUGGCCCAAGUAAUGGUAGAAAAACCAUAACAACCAUAGAAGUGGGUCAACGAGACGAUCCGGAAAUUCUUGAGGAAGAACACAGAGACCUGGACACCGAGGUAGCUAUUGUCAGAAGAAGAACAGUGGCGCAGCGCAGGAGUUAUCAUGCUAGUAUUGCUCGUUCAACUACCACAAUGACAUGCCCGGAACCGCCGCCAAUCCCAGGACCACAUAUUUUGGGCGCCAACAUCCCCCUUCCUCCUUUGCCCAGACAAACAAGUCACCUAGAAAACAUGUCCGACCCAGCAGAAACGGCUUCUAUUGAUGACGAUCAGGAAGCUUUUGACGACCCUUACGCAAAUGCGGCACCUCGCUCGGGCACGACUCUACGCCGCGCUGCCACCGCUGCUGCAGUCAACAGAAGACUACACCCUCGUUCAAUGAUACAAGAACAUAUCGAAUAUCGCCGAGCCGAUGGUCGUGAAGAGCAUCCCCAUGAAAGUGAUGCAGACAAUUGGGAGCCACCACCUCCUCCUUAUCAAAAAGAUCCGGUCCCUCCACUUCCUGAACACAUCCAGAGAUCUAUCCUUGCGGAUCAUGCAAGAUCCCUGCAGAGAGCAAAUAUUCAACGGGCCACAGUCCUUGAUUUUCCAGGAUUAGAUGCUCCGGUGCUUCAGCGGCCUCUUCCCGAAGCUCUACGUGAGCAGAGAUAUCCCUUUCGGCGAUCGCUUAGCGAUACAACAACUGCACCUUCCACAACUAAUCCCAUAGAUGAUGAAGUUGCUCGACCCGUGACAAGUCCCUCAACUGCAAACUUUGAUGAGCGUCCUACAUCACCUGACUUCAAUAGUCUUUAUGAUGUCUCCCCAAUCGGCACUCCACAGCCAACCCUCGCAAGAUCUUCACCUCAUCAAACUUCCCGAGGUCCUGAUGCGCCCAACAAUGAUGAGAGUAACACCACGGACUUGAUCCCCAAUUCUGCUAUGAGAGCCACGUUACAAUCACCUGUCUCCCCUAUUCCUCAACCCAUAGAUGCGACUCUUGACAGGCGGUUGUUAGAUUGGGAAGCGACAACAGUGGAUGAUCAGGUCUCCAUCAUGCAAAACAGUAGACCUACAACCGCUGUAGCCGGAGAACAAAGAGACGACUCUCCUCCUUUAGAACUGCAUUCUACAGUGACGGGACCCCAAAAAACUGCACAGAAGCCCUCCGAUAUACCGUUUGUGCAGCAGAGCUCAACAUUCCCGCGGAUGGAAGAUUCUACUUCCAACCCGGUCAGUCUCGAAGAGUCUACCGACGAACAUUUCCCUGUUCGGAGGAGGUCCGAUUCUGCGCCAGUGGAUGCCCCAGUGGAUAGCGCCUCAGCAGUCUCCGGACUAGUGCUACCUAGUGCUGAUCUUUUGGCACGUUUUAACAGUCGCAGUGGGCGUCCGGCUAGCUUGAAAGAUCCAUCUCGACGUCGUUCCGGCUCAAAUCCUCGAGAUUCCAUACCACUACAAAACUUUAGCUACCAGUCCGAAAAACCUCUAAGUACCGCUCCCGAGCAAUCAAGUCGCCUUUCUACCUCACCGACUCAUGUAUCAGCUUCCGCUGAUGAGUCAAGUCUUCGUCCUACUUCCAGACAUGGUUCUCCCUCCCAACGCACCAACCCUAGUUCGCAAAGAUACUUUGCAUCACCAAACAUGUUACGCCCAUCAAUGCAACGUCUCGAGACCAUUCACAGCGCAACUUCGACCAGCGGUACCUCACCCUACAACAUACCACCAAUACCUAUCACCAGGCAACCGAGUAGAGCAGAGCGCAGUGCGGCACGAAACGUCAAGGAUGCUAAACGAAAAGGCUGGAGAAAGAGCAUGACGACAAAGAGAACUAAGCAUAAAUGUGACGCAGCAAGUAGUGCAGGCUGGACAGACGUAACAUGGGAUUCGCAACCCGCUACUUCACCGGCGACAGUAGCAUAUAAUUCGGAGGUGCAGCCGCAACAGAAAAAGCAUUCUGCGAAAUGCAUGGUAAUGUAAGACAUGGGAUGAAUUUAUUGAAAAUUGAUGAGAGGAGUUGCAUUUGGAUUCUUAAUUCGAGAAAAGGCGUUUUUUAUGGAUGGAAGGAUGGAAGGUAGGCACAAAACGUAUGAUGCUGGAUGCUCACUAGGGUUUUCUUUGAUUGUUUUCUCCGUGGAUCUUUACAGUAGUGACAUAGAUUUCGAUACAAAGGUAGCGAAGGUAGAGCACAUCCGGGACGAAUCAACAUGAUUUAUAAGGGUUCUAUGAAAUAUAAUUCUAAAUUUUCUUAACAU